AUGGAGCUCCGAGUCGGGAACAGGUACCGGCUGGGCCGGAAGAUCGGCAGCGGCUCUUUCGGAGACAUCUAUCUCGGUACGGACAUUGUUGCGGGAGAAGAAGUUGCCAUCAAGCUUGAAUGUGUCAAAACCAAACACCCUCAGCUCCACAUCGAGAGCAAAAUCUACAAAAUGAUGCAGGGAGGAGUGGGCAUCCCCACCAUCCGGUGGUGCGGGGCCGAGGGGGACUACAACGUCAUGGUGAUGGAGCUGCUGGGGCCCAGCCUGGAAGACCUCUUCAACUUCUGCUCGAGGAAGUUCAGCCUCAAGACUGUCCUGCUGCUGGCCGACCAGAUGAUCAGUCGGAUCGAGUACAUUCACUCCAAGAACUUCAUCCACCGAGACGUGAAGCCGGACAACUUUCUCAUGGGUCUGGGGAAGAAGGGCAACCUGGUCUACAUCAUCGACUUCGGCCUGGCCAAGAAGUACCGGGACGCCCGCACCCACCAGCACAUCCCCUACCGCGAGAAUAAGAACCUCACCGGGACGGCGCGGUACGCCUCCAUCAACACGCACCUGGGGAUCGAACAAUCGCGAAGGGACGACCUGGAAUCGCUGGGCUACGUGCUCAUGUACUUCAACCUGGGCUCUCUGCCCUGGCAGGGGCUGAAGGCUGCCACCAAGAGGCAGAAAUACGAACGCAUCAGUGAGAAGAAGAUGUCCACGCCCAUCGAAAUGCUGUGCAAAGGCUACCCCUCCGAGUUUGCCACGUACCUGAAUUUCUGCCGUUCGUUGCGUUUUGAUGACAAGCCUGACUACUCGUACCUGAGACAGCUCUUCCGGAACCUAUUCCAUCGCCAGGGCUUCUCCUACGACUACGUGUUUGACUGGAACAUGCUCAAGUUUGGUGCCAGCCGGGCCGCUGACGAUGCCGAGCGGGAACGCCGGGACCGCGAGGAGCGAUUGAGACACUCCCGGAAUCCAGCCACGCGGGGGCUGCCUUCCACAGCCUCGGGCCGGCUGCGGGGAACACAAGAAGUGGCUGCCCCCACCCCCCUCACCCCUACCUCACACACUGCUAACACCUCUCCUCGGCCCGUGUCCGGCGUGGAAAGGGAGCGGAAAGUGAGUCUGCGGCUGCACCGUGGCGCCCCCGUCAACAUCUCCUCGUCGGACCUUACGGGCCGGCAAGACGCCUCCCGCAUGUCCACCUCACAGAAUAGCAUUCCUUUCGAACACCACGGCAAGUAG